GUCGAAUAACACGUCGAAUUCAUCGAACGAAAAAAUCGGAACAAAGUGAAUAUUUAACGUAUUCGGAAAUUUUCGUGAGUGUUCGGGCAGCCAAUGAGAGAGCGCGUCCCAAAUGUGUUUUCACAGCCGGUCGAGCAUACGAGAUUUCCAUUCGAAGCGCAGUAUUCCACAGGUUGCGGAUCGGACGCGCAAGGGAGCCUCUUUCAUCGAUGUUUGCUUGUUAUAUUCGUCUGACACGUCUAUUCGCGGCUCUAGACAUCAACGAGUCGCGAAUAGCACGUUAAAAAGUGAUAAGAAUUUUUUGAAAGGACUAAUAAGCCAAAACGAAUAUUUGAGAUAAACGUCGGCGUUUUAAUUCGAGCGAGUUUAAGGGAGGAAGAGAAGAGAAUAAAACAAAAUAAAGGGGAAAAGUACGAGCGAGAGAAAUGGAGUUUGGCUUGGUGGGGAUUCUCAUUACGGUACUAGCAGCCUCGCGUAACCUUCACGCCGAGCAUAUCGAUCUUGGCAAUGUUAUAUUCGCAAAUGUGUUAUUCCGACACGGAGAUCGAACACCGGUUGAUCCAUAUCCGAACGAUCCGUACAACGAUGAGUCGCUGUGGCCCGUGCCGUUUGGCCAGUUAACAACCUUGGGACAACACGAGCAUUUGUUGCUCGGUCGCUGGCUACGUAAUCGUUACGAGAAUCUUUUGUCCGACACUUAUUCGCUGCACGAUGUAUACGUGAUGAGCACGGAUUUCGAUCGUACAUUGAUGUCGGCUGAAGCGAAUCUCGCCGGUUUAUAUCCACCGCAUGGAAAACAAAUUUGGGAUUCGGACAUAAAAUGGAUGCCGAUCCCUGUUCACACGGUCCCUCUCACACAAGAUCAUUUACUGGCAGGGAAGAAAUAUUGUCCGAGAUACGAUCAUGAAAUGAACAAAGUUUUACAGUCGCCCGAGAUGAAACGAAUACAAAAAGAAAAUUCCCAACUGUUCGAUUACAUCUCGAAAAAAUCAGGACGAAAAAUCGACGGUUUGCAAAAUCUCGAAUAUCUUUACAACACACUCUGGAUCGAGAGCCGAUACAACAAAACCUUACCGCCGUGGACGCAAUCGGUAUAUCCGGAAAAAAUGGAACCGUUGGCACGUUUUAGUUUUAGACUCCAAGCCUACAACAAAAUUUUGCAGAGGUUGAAAUCAGGACCCUUACUCGGAGAGAUAAUCGAGCACAUGAAAGAAAAGUCGAAAAAUGCGAUGGUGCCCGAUCGCAAAGUUUGGAUGUACAGCGCCCACGACGACACCAUCGCCAAUUUUUUGAUGACCUUGAAUAUUUUCGACACUCACUGUCCACCUUACGCUGCCGCGGUGCUUCUCGAACUGCGAGAGGAUCCGAAAGGGAAACACGUCGUCACCGUUUUUUACAAAAACACAACCGACGAGCCGAAACUUCUGACGAUUCCGGGAUGUCUGGCUGCGUGCCCAUUGCAAGAUUUCAUCAAACUUACUAAAUCCGUUGUACCAGAAAAUUGGGAAAAAGAAUGUCUGAUGGACGCCUCGAUGUACGGAUACAAUGUCAGUAACUCAGCCAUAAUCGCGAUACUUUCCUGGUCGGUGCUCUUCCUAGUCGUCCUCAUUUUGCUCAUCUUCGGUUUCAUAUAUUCCCAACACAGGCGUGAAAAUAGUCAGUAUUAUUUGCGACUAUCGACUGAUCCGAUUUAAAGAAUUUCGGAUGAGCAUUUUACAGAGCAUUUUUAAAGCAUUUUCGGAGAUAAAUAUGAAGAAGAAUAUGCGGCGUGAUAAUGGAUUUCGUUCUUCAAUUUCAUAAGUUGAAUCACCAUCAGAAGCAUUUAUCGAAAUCCAAAAGAAAUGACAGAGCUGGCGUACCAGAUUUUUUAUCCUCUUUUACAAAUGUUGAAACAAUCAUUGGAUUUUUAUUGGUCUAAGAAAAAUUUUACGAUCCACGUCUAUUUUUGGAUACGACAAAAUUUCGUUUUUAUGGUUAAAGUCAUUCUGCCGCUUUUUAUUUACAAAAUUCUUGAAAACCGGAUUGAAGCGAUUUUUUUAAAUCCGUAAAGUUUGAAUUUCGGUUCAGUUUACAAUAUUUUUUAUUGUCUCUCUCCCUCUUUUGUCAUCUCGAUGGUGUGUCGGUUAACUUGGGACUGUGAUUGUUUGCUAACGAAAAAAUUGAGGCUGCAAUUGAACGAGGGUGCGACCGACUGGGGCGUUCACACCAUUUGAAGCGUUUGGUUCGACGUUGGCUCACAACGCUCCUAUCGAUGUGAGCGCCCAAAUCGAAGGCACCUCAAACAGAUCUAAGAAAAUAGUGAAAAUAUAUAUUUUAUUUUAAUACACGACGACGUAUAAUAGUCAAAUAGAAUGAAAUCAUGUUGAAAGAGACCAAAUAACUGAGUUAAAUGCGUUGUUUGGUAGGACUAGCGAAAUCUCAAUCAAUUUCAUUUACUUUGUACAUUAUUAUUAUUAUUUCAAAUUGUUAUGAAAACGAAAGCGAUCAUCACCAAACAAACAUAAUAUAUAUUUAUACUCCGAGGUUCGACGAAUGAAUUUUCACGAAGAAAUGUCAUUCCACACUCGUAGCUAGUUAAUAAAGUAUUGUGAUUUAGUACUAAAAAUUGUUUCCAAAUUGAAAAGAAAGAAAAAAACCAAAAAAUCAAUUAAUAAAUAUCGUUGUGCAUAAUGAAAAA